AUGGUAAAUUUUAAACGUGUGUCAGAAAGCGACAUACCAAAAAAAUAUAUCGAUUACAGUUUACAAAUUAAUCAAUGGUUUCUUAAACCAAUCGGUGCAUGGCCAAAAAUAAAUACAUCGAGUUCAAUGUACAAAAUCAUGAUAUUACUACAAAUUUUUAUUUGUUUAAGUUUGUUAGCAGUCACAAUGAUACCGUGUUUGUUAUAUGUGUUAUUUGAACCAGUCAAUAUCAAGCAAAAACUGAGUGCCGUCGCACCACUAUUUUAUAGAAUUAUGGGUGCGAUACAUUACUGGAUGCUGCUCAAGCGUAGAAAUGACAUUCACAAAUUAAUACAACACAUGGAGACAGAUUGGAAUCUUGUGCAAAAGAUCGACGAACGUGAAGUGAUGCUGCAACAUGCCAAGUUCGGUCGUUUCAUAGUAAUAAUCUGUGCGGUAAUUAUGCAUUGCGGUUUAUUUCUGUUUAGCAUAGGGAGAUCGAUGAGAACUACAACCAUUAUCAUUGGCAACGAGACUUUCAAGACGCAUGCAACGAAUUGUCCGAUUUACAGCAAGAUCAUCGAUACGAGAUUUAGCCCUGUGAAUGAAAUCGCAUUAGUUCUGCAAAAUCUAACAACGUUAGUUGCGAGUUUCUCUACUGUUGGUGGUUGCAGUUUGGCUGCUGUCUUUGCGAAACAUGCUUCUGGUCAACUGAACGUUUUGUACCUGUGGCUACAAGAACUUGUUGAAAGUAAAAAAAAAAUUAAUACAAAUCGAAAAUUGGCCGCUAUUGUAGAACAUCAUCUAAGAGUAUUAAGUUUUAUAUCACGUGUGGAAAGUAUUAUGCAUAAAGCUUCUCUUGCAGAAUUAAUGGGAUGCACGAUAAUCUUGUGUUUAAUGGGAUAUUACUCUAUUAUGGCUUGGGAAACGUUCGAUACCGCCAAAAUAGCAUCUUACGUCAUUGUAUAUUUAUCGAUGGCUUUCAAUAUUUUUAUAUUUUGCUACAUCGGAGAGAUUAUAACAGAACAGUGCAAACGUGUUGGGGAAAUGGCAUAUAUGACUAACUGGUAUAAUCUACAUCACAAAACUGCACGUGGUCUCAUUCUGAUUAUCGCCCGAUCGAAUAAUGUAAUUAAGAUUACAGCGGGAAAAUUAUUCCACUUAUCCAUCGCAACCUUUGGUGAUGUAAUCAAAACUUCCAUGGUCUAUUUAAAUUUUUUACGUACAAUGACUAUGUAA